GUGGCUGAUCUGGAUGUAAAAAUAGCCUCUGGGGCUGUUUGUUUAAUCUGACUGUUACUUGACACCACGCGGGUGUUGCUGCAGAGCCGACUGUUUGCCUCUUCUCCACCAAGAGCACCGUUAGGUUUCCCCAGGCCAGUCUCUGCCUGGCCUGGCUAAAGGGGAAGAAGUUUGGGCAACUGGGCAGUGCCGUGUACCCUCCAGAUUCCGGGAAGGCCCGUGGAACCCGCAGCUGGGACGCACGCACGGGAGACGGGAGACGGAAGACAGAAGAUGGGCAGUGAUGACAGCAAAUCUCAGCACGCAAAUAUGUUUGAAAAACACAGAUCCUAAAAGCCAGGCCCCUGCAGCCCCACUGCCGUAACAGGGAUCAUCCAGAAUUGAAGAAAUCCUCUGAAUAAAGCUGGUGGGCAGAAGCCAUGUGGGUUUUUCCUGAGCAUCAGUGAGCAUCUCCCCUGUCUGUGUGGAACCACACUGAACCCAAGAUCAGAGAGAAAAAAGAACAUCCAGUUGCCAUUGUAACUAACUGGUCAUCUCAAAGCCCCACCUUGGGACAGGUGGGUUUCUCUUAACCCUCACCAGCAUCUCACGGAGCUGCACCUAACAGCUGACAGACACGUCUAAACAGAAGCUGACGGAGACAGUCCUACGGAAGCUGACAGACGAUGCAAGGAAACAAAAAAUGCACAGACGGGUUCAGUGAUACCUCCAGCAUCGGCAGUGUGCUGGAUGAAGCAGACAGGGAAGUGAGCAACCUCACAGACAGGGCAUUCCGGAGUCUGUGCAUCUCGGAGGACACAUCCUUCCAUGACUCUGACCUGGCCCUGUCCCCAGAUGUCACCAGCCAGGUGUCAGGGACUUUUCACCAGGAAACAGUGGGCCAUGCCAACAGGAAAAGUGGGAUUUGGAGCCAGCUUCCAUCUCAAGGCACAGAGCAUUCUGGCUGGGCAGCCACCUUCCAACAGCAACCCAAGUACGUUCAGGGGGAAGAAAAGUACCCCAAAAACAGUCCUCUGCCAACCCCAGUCCAGAGGAGACUGGAGGUGCCCAUUUCAGGCCUGAGGAGCAGCAGCAAGCCCAUCUCCAAAGUCUCAUCACUUAUUAGAUCCUUUGACAGGACAGAGACUCAAUCUUGUGACAGCCGGCCUCCUCCCAGCAAGCCUCCGGCUCUCAAAAGUACCCCCAAGUUUGCACAUCCCCCAGAAAGUGGUGUCAACUUCUGCUUUGAUUCGGCCUUUCUGACUGUCAGGAGGGUGCCUGCUGAAGUCUCCAACACCCAUCAGGGCAGCCACCAGCCUGGCAGGGCUCCUGGAGAACAAGAGUCUCCCAAGAACCCAGAAAUAGCCUCUCACAGCUCAGACAGCCUCCUCCGGACACCUGACCAUGUGGCUGGCUCAUUUGAGCCAAGGUAUCCCUCUCCACCUCUCAAGCCAGCCACAGCUGAGCCAGGAAGAGGGAAGGAGUGGAUUCCAAGGAGGACUUUUCUGCACAGUGAAAACAGUGCCUUUGAGUCGUGGAACACCCACCAACCAAAGCUCCGGGAGAGAAAGGACAUUGCUGAAACCACCCCCGAAAGCAAAGCCCCCAAACAUUAUGAAGACAUGCCUUUGCUAAAGGAGCCCUACUCUGCAGAGUCCAAAGUCUCCCCCUACCAGGGCCAAGCUAACUGUGCCCAGGAAGAGAACAGGUCACCGUCAGGGAUCCAAUCCACAUCUGGAGCCUGGGGUGCCAGGGAUCCAGGAUCCCAGCUAUUCCCUGUAGAGGGAAAUGCUUCACAGAUUGACCCUCAGAUGAAGCGGAGUCAGGCCCCAUGGAGGAAGCCAAAGACUGGCAAAGGAGGGACAGAUGGUCCACCUGAUGCUUUGGAAGACAAGAAACAGCCCAAUAGGAGAGGUCUACCUCUGUAUUCAAAGCUUAACCCUCAGGGUCAACUUCCAGAAAACGGUGUUCUAGACAUGCCAGAAGAGUCCAGUGACCAUUACAAUCCCCCCUUUAACAUCAGCAAACUCCUCACCCCAAUUAUAUCUACAAAGCAUGUCCUGGAAACUUCAGACACCCAACCAGUGGAAAUAAGCCCAUCCCCUCCAGGACAGCUAAAUGGAUACCAGGAGAAGGAGUCCAGUGAGGCUCAGUCUCGGGAUAGCUACAAAUCCAAAGCACCCAGCCUGCUGUUCAACCUAAAAGAUGUUCGGAAACGUGUCAAGAGUACAUACAGUCCCUUGCCUCUCUUAAAAGGCUUUGAUGAGAAAACCAGAGGUAAACUUGAUAGCAAGCAAGAACCUCUGAGCAAUGGGGUCACCCUUCCCAAUGGGCUUGAAGAAAACCCUCCCACAGAGCUCUUGCCAGAUAAUGUCCCUGGUGUUUUGCACAGCAGUACGCAGAAGGAUCCUGCUAUCAACUCUAGCGAAUCCUUUGCAGACAGCCACCCGACCCUCAGUUCACCUUCAGCUAGCUCCCAAACCCACUUCUGUGUCAAUGGAGAAGCUGAAGAAAGCAGUAAUGAGAAGGAAGAAGCCAACGGAGAGUCAGAGCAGGAUCCCUCCAAGGGUGGCGGGCAUCCAGACUCCAGGGAAAACCUUCCCCGGAAACAUCUCUCCCUGAAACUCUUCAACAGGGAGUCUGAAAUGGGACCGGCUAUGGCGGAAAUGAAGCCCCACCAGCUAGAGAAUGGGCUCUCGAGAUCCGUCUCCCAGGAGACAGAGACUGAGCGAGAAACGGGGUUCCAGAGUCUACCCUUGAACCAGAAGUUCUCCCCAGGACCCCUUUCCCCUGAGGAAGAGGAUGUGUUUUACAGCGACAGCCAGUCUGAUUUCACUCCAUGCCGCCAAACAAAGGCUAAAUUCAGCACCAGCUCUUCAGACCAAUCCUUUGCUUCUUUUGAAGAUCAGCAGAAGGUGUGGUUUACAGAAGGCCCCCGGGAAGACAGGAAGAGUCAUGUGAGUGCAGGUGACAAGCAGAAGGACGAGAAGGAGACGUUGGUGGAGAAAGAAGAGUCACAGCAAUGUGCCUCACGUAAUGAACACAGAGGUGUGGAUGAGCACAGACAGGAGGAAAUACAAAGAAAAGCACAAGGUGUUUCAGGAGGAAGACCCAGGAAAGCAUCCACGGAGGACGUCAGUGACAGAGGCUCGUGGAUGGGGGCUGAUAAGGACACAGCUCAUACACACGCCAAGGACCCAACCCCCUUGCCAGCCUCUACCAACAAGCACAGACUGUUCCCAAUUAAAGACAACACACUCAGGGCCACCCCAGUGAUAAGGCCUAUUAUUCUGCCUCUCCUGAGGACAGUCUCCUCAGAGGACUCACUGAGCAGUGGACACAAAGAGAAUGAAUUGCCAAAGCAACUGUGGGGCGAAGAUGCUGGUGGUCUUAGUGCUUCAGAAAGCCAAGAAAUGCCUAACACCCCACUCUCCAAUAACGUGCCGGGCACACAGCUCAGGUGUGUGGUGUGUGAGGACGUGCAGGAGGACCCAGUACACACCGCAGCCCAGGAUGAGACUUCUCAGCAAACCCGGAAGGGGAGUUUCUCUUUUCUACCACUGGUGGAAGAGGGGAACAGCAUGAAACCAUCCCCAGAUACGGCAGAAGAAGGGCUAGCACAGGAGAAAAGCAGAUCAGCAGACUCGGGGAAACUGGGGGUUCCACAGCGUAUCCCCACGAUCGCUUUACCCCCGGAUGACUUAGAAGACUCGCCCCCGUCGCUGCCACAACAUACCUAUUGGGAAGAACAAGGUUUCAAAGGCCACUUUUUGUCUGCACCGAGAGCAGGACCGUUUGGAAGAAGGUUGGUCCCCAGUGAGGCAGAGACUUCCCCCAACCCCAGCUCUCUAGGAGAGAGCAGCACGUGCUCUCCCGCAGCCAGCAGUAUUUGGGAAGAGGCUUCCCAGGCCGCUGGGGAACACUGGCAGCGCCAAGAGCCUCCUGGCCCCAGCCCCUGGGCCAGCCCGGGUCCUACGGGGCUAACUCGGAGGGAGGACAUGACCCAUGGCCUCCCAUGGGAAGCUGAAGGUUCGGAUCCCUCAGAUUUCAGGACCCUCUCUCCGAGACGCAUUUUGCUAGCUGAUGCUGCUGAGAAACCUGAGCCCCCUGCUCUGCUGGAGAAGGCGGCAGGCAAGCCCCCUGCAGUCCCGCCCAAGACCGAGAAGGCCCUGCGCAGGGCGAAGAAGCUGGCAAGCAAGAGGAGGAAGAGUGAUCAGUUGCUGGAGAAGCAUACCGAGGCCUGGGAGGGCAAGUCCUUCACAGAGGACAUUCAGGGGACAGAGCGAAGGCCUGUGUCUCCUGGAAAGGGGCCUCGGCCCAGGUUCCCUGCCAUUCGCUCCCUGCCCCCGCCCACGCACCGCCACUCAGUGUCCUGUGGCUGGGAGCCCACAGGGAGGCGGCCUUGGGGACCCCAGUCCCUCAUGCCUCUUCCCCCUUACCCCGCCACCCAGAAGGUGCUCCAGGAUCCCCAGUCAGGACAAUACUUCGUCUUCGAUGUGCCUCUCCAAGUGAAAAUCAAGACUUUCUAUGACCCUGAGACGGGCAAGUAUGUCAAGGUCUCUGUCCCAUCCUCGGAGGAGGCCUCCUCAGAGCCACCUCUGCAGGAUGCUCUGGCUGCUCCCUACCUACUGUACCCUGGCUUCCGACCAGUGCCUGUGACUUCCGUGAUGCCCCUGCGCUGCUCCUCUCAGCUUGCAGCCCCCACCUUUCUCAGGCAGGGUUCUGGCCACAGGCCCCAGAGUUCCCAGGGCGCUCGACUGCAGCCUCCCCAUGAACGACUGGGCGAGUCUACCCAGCAUGCCUCUGCCCAGUGCCCCCGUGGGCCUUCCCAUAGUCCAGAGGAAGAGAGUGCAGAAGCUCCAAGCCUAAGUAUCAUCUCCACAGAUGACCUAGAGGACUUUGCCACCGAGGGUGUUUCUUGAGAAUUGCAGCAGACUGCCCUCCCCCACUCUCACAAACAAGAAAGGCUUACAGUCACAGACCCUCUCCAACAGUGUCUCUAUCUAUCUAUCUAUCUAUCUAUCUAUCUAUCUAUCUAUCUAUCUAUCUAUCUAUCUAUCAUCUAUCCAGACACACACACACACACACACACACACACACACACACACAUUUCAACUCAUACUUAGCCAUUUGAGAUCCCUAUAGUCCAAAAAGAACUGGGGACCCCUGUGGGCUCCUUAAGGCCAAGAUUCACUCCCCUCUUCCCAGUCAUCUCAAUGCUUCUCUGAUCCUGCAGUGGGGGCCCGGGGGGGGGGUGGACAUGGCAAGGGACAUCCAUCAGUCAUCCUAAGAUUCUCCUUCUCAAGGGUUGGCCUCCUCAAAGAAGCUCCCAGAAAUGCUGAACCCUGCAGCAAGGUGGGAAGUAUCCCACCACACCCAAACUGGGGUCAAGCAUAGCACAUAGCCGCAGAGUUUUAGGUCCUCUCAGGUGGCACUGGCUAAGAACAGACCCAAGGCAAUCUUGCAGAAGUGAUCACUUGCUGGAGAGGGUUUUCCUUGUAGUGGGAACUUUGUCUCCAAAGAAGAUCUUCUGAUAAAGCCAAAGUUAACAUUUAAAAUGUGAAACAAGUUUGCCAG